ACAUGCUGACGUCAUUCAUUGACAUCUCAGAUUUGCGGAAGAGGAGUGCCAUUUAACUCUUAUCUUCAGGAGCAUUGAAGUUGUUUUUAUCAGAACAGAAAUCAACAUGAACACGAACAAUCACUGAAGAAUCUCAGUCAGUAUAAAACAGUGUAUUUUGACUUAAGUUAUAGAUUUAUGUGUUUAGUUUAGUUGCGGAAGAUAUGAAGAGCUGACGGGACACCAAACAGGACAAGAAUAAAAACAUCUUCAUAUAACUACAUUUGACUCAAAUCAGGAAUAUGGACAUUUCAUAUUUAUUGUUGUGCUUAUUUGUGUAUGGUGUGUUGGCUACUGACACAGAUGAAAUGUCAGUGUUUAUGGGGGAUUCUGUUACGUUACGUAGUAAUGACACCAAAAUACAGAGAGCUGAUCGGAUAGUGUGGGUAUUUGGACAUGAAAACAAUCGAAUAGCUCAAAUCAACAAAGCAGCCAAUAAGUUCUCGAUAUAUGAUGAUGCUGUUGAUGGGAGAUUCAGAGACAGACUGAUGUUAAACCGUCACACUGGAUCUCUCACCAUCACAAACAUCACAGCUAAUCAAUCUGGACUUUAUCAACUACAGAUCAUCAGUGGAAAUGACAUCCUUUACAAAAGCUUUACAAUUACUGUUUCUGGUGUGCAUGAUACUGAAAAGACUGUCAAAGAUGAAGUAAAGUACAUGGAAGUAAAAGUGGGAAAUCCUUUCAAACUGGAGACUGGUGUUACAGACAUGCAAACAUUUGAUCUGAUACAGUGGAAGUCUGGAGAAUUAAACAACAUCACUAACGCAUUCGUUCCCAUAGUUAUAAAGAAUAAAAACAAUAAGAAAUUCUUAAAAGUUGAUGGUAAUCAGAAACUGGGAAACAGAUGGAAGCUAAACAAACAGACUGGAUCUAUUUCAAUCAAAAACAGCAAAACCACAGACACUGGAGUUUAUAAACUAGAAAUCAACAGCAGCACAGAACAAAUCUGCAAGACAUUUUUCAUUACUGUCAGUGUGUUUAAUGAAGAAACACAAGAACAGAAGUCUGUAGAUGUGAGUUUAUCAGUGACGGAAGGAGAAAGUGUGACUCUUGAAUCUGCUGUUAAUGAAAUACAGAGAAAUGAUCUGAUACUUUGGACAUAUGGAGACACUCGUAUAGCUCAGAUGAAUAAAGAGUCUGGCAAGAUCUCAUUAUAUGAUGUAGAUGAUGGGAGAUUUCGAGACAAGUUACUUCUAAAUAAUCAGACCGGAGAUCUCACCAUCACAAACAUCAGAACUGAACACACUGGACUUUAUCAACUAGAGAUUCAUAGCAGUGAGGUUUUAUCAAAGACAUUCAGGGUUACUGUCAGUGCCCCUCUGCCCGUCCCUGUCAUCAGCAGAAACACACAAAGCUCUUCAUCAUCACAAAGAUCAUCAAGCUCAAAAUGUGUGUUGUUGUGUUCAGUGAUGAAUGUGAGAGAUGUGAGUCUGUCCUGGUACAAAGGAAACAGUUUAUUGUCCAGCAUCAGUGUGUCUGAUCUCAACAUCAGACUCUCUCUACCUCUGGAGGUUGAAUAUCAGGAUACAAACACAUACAGAUGUGUACUCAACAAUACCAUCACAAACCAAACUCAACAUCUGAACAUCAAUCAUCUCUGUCAGAUCACUACUUCAGCACCAGGCUCAGGAAAUAACAUGCCUGCAGCUGUUUUUAUAUUGAUGUUUGCAUUAGUUGUUGCUGCGGCUGGGAUUCUCUAUUAUAUGGCUAGUAGACCAACACACAAAUACGAAACCACUGGACAAGAGCUACAAAAUCUUUUUAAUGGUUCAGUCCCUAGGACAGCUGAUCAGCCAAAUGAUGGUCUGAAUACUGAAGAUAAAGCUGAUCAGUCAACUGCUUAUUUCAAGACAGUAACUGUGAAUGAGGGAGAGUCUGUCACCCUACACCCUUGUGUCAUUGAGGACGAGGAUGAGAUACUGUGGAAGUUUGCUGAAUCCAAAGAUAACACAAUUAAAUCUGAACUCAUAGCUAAAAGGACAAGCACGAACAAUGGGCACAUCAUAUGUAAUAAUGAGAAAUUCAAAGACAGACUCCAAUUUAACAACCAGACCGGAUCUCUGACCAUCACAAAUAUCACAACUGAACACUCUGGAUAUUAUAAACUACUCAUCCCCAGAAAAAAGAUUUCGAAGAUAUUCAGUCUUAUAAUUGUAAACCAAUGAUCAAGAAGAGACAACUAAUAACAGAAAAGGAGCUAUUCGGUGAAACUACUAUAUAAAUACAGCAAAAACAUAAGCUACAUUCAUGCAGUCAGUGUUCAGGACUAACAGAUGGUACUACUGAAUUUCAGUGUAAAUGAAGGAGACUUACGAAAAUGAAGGUCAUGUAUAGUGUGGACAGAAAGCUUUCUGAAACGCACUAUAUUAAACAAGGAUACUUUUCAUUUUAAAAAGAAAAUGCAGUCAUGUAAAAGUGGCCUAAGAUGUGUGACAUGAAACAUAUCACUGUUGUAUAAAAGCAAUAUCGCUCUCGGAGUCGUGUGAUAUUGCUCUAUAUCAUCACAGCUGUGAUUGUCUUGUAUUUUUGUCUUGUUUUCAGUACAAAUAUCUAAAAAUUCUUAAAUUAAAAUGUAUUUUUUGAUGAGCAAAAUGACCUAGGAAAAUAAGUUUCGUUUUUAGACAAAAAAG